AUGGAGGCCGUGCCUCCUGUCAGAUGCAGCCUCUUGGGGAUUCUGCUGCUGGUGGUGAAGCUCUCGGUGCUGCUGGUCCAGAAGCGCAUCCACCUCUACAAUUUCCUGCUCCUGAAGAUUGUCUUCUUCAACCGCUGGCUGUCGGGGCUGGCCCAGGAGGCCUGGGGGUCCUGCAGCCCCGAGGCCCACCCACCCCCCGGGCUUGCAGCCAGCCCCGUGGGCCGGGUGCUACGGGCCGGGCUGGCACGGGUGGCAGUCCCCGUGUGGCCGGCGUGGGCCGGCGUGCUGGGCUGUGUGCGGGCCUCGGGCCUGGCCUGGAAGCAGCUAGGCCCGUCCGCGGCCACCUGCAGGGAGCUGCUUCUGUCGUGUCUACACAGCCUGAUGCCGGUAGUGUUGCUGCUGUUGCUGCUGACCAGGAGGCUGUGCCAGAGGGCCCAUGGCCGCAGCGUGGUCUCGUUGCUCAGCAAGGCUCUGCUGGACAAGUGCGCGGUGCCCGAGCUCCUGGCUCUGCUGAAGCAUCUGUACUGGUGGGUGGAGAACGCAGCCGCGCUCACCUCCUGGCACCUGGCCUAUCUCGUCGCCUGGACCACUUGCCUUGCCUCCCGCCUGCUGCAGGCUGCCUUUGAGCACACGGCCCAGCUGGCCCAGGCUCAGGAAAUUGAGCCCCAGGAGGGCUCAGGGCCCGUGUCCGAGUCCCCCACUCCCUGA